UUACUCGUGUUCUCCGUCGGGAGGACGAUUGGUUUUGUGAAAGGAAUCAUCUCCUCCGUGCAAUCGGCGUAUCUCUGUUUUUCCCUUCUCUCAUCAUCUCCUGUGAGGAGAGGGUACUGGGGUAACAAGAUUGGGAAGCCGCAUACGGUUCCUUGUAAGGUUACGGGGAAGUGUGGUUCCGUUACGGUGAGGAUGGUUCCUGCUCCCAGAGGUGCUGGUAUCGUGGCGGCUAGGGUUCCUAAGAUGGUGCUUCAGUUCGCUGGGAUUGAUGAUGUUUUCACUUCUUCCAGGGGAUCUACUAAGACUCUUGGAAACUUCGUCAAGGUUUGUCUCUUUCUUCCUUUUGAGUUUGUGUAGAGGUGAAAGUUGGGUCCUUUUGAUUGGUGCCUGCUCUGAAAUGUCGAUUACGUUGUUAAAGUUGGAACUCUUUUUGACAUCUUAGAUCGUUCAGUGAUUGUUUAGUGCCAUUUCUGAGCUGUGUUCUUUAGUAAAUGAUGUAAUGAGCUAUGUGUUUGUCGUGAUUUGCUGGUGUGUAUAUGUCUGAUGGCAAGCUUUACAGUCUCUUCAGACUUGAUUAGUCUGAACAUCAUCAUUUAACAGUCAAUAAAUGACAAACUG